AUGGGUGGUACGCCGACAUACACACGUGUCGAUUUAUAUAUAAAGCAUCAACAUCUUCAACAAAAUAUUAUUAUUCCAGAAAAAUUGACAGAAGCUUUGGAUAAAACAGAAAUGGCACAUCUUCUAAAACGCCAAGUAUUUUUGAUGAUUCUUUUUGUUGUGUUUGCAACGAUUCAAUCCCAAAUAUUCAGCAAAAGAAAAUUCGAACGAUUAGGAUGCACUGGAAAAUAUAAUAAACCGAUGUUUGCAAGACUUUCAAGACAUUGUCAAGAGUGUUAUCAAUUAUACAAAGACAUCGAUGUGGAAAUUAUUUGCAGGUCAAAUUGUUUUAAUAACGAUUACUUUAAUAGAUGUAUGGAUGCGUUGAUGUUAAAAUCUGAUGAACGAGACGAAUUGAAAGAAAUGGUUAAGACUCUUAAUGGUUAUGAUAUAAACUUUAAUGUAAUAUUUUAAAAUUAUCAAAUGUUGUGCUUGGAUUAUCCAUCUACUAAAUGAUACAUUUUAAGAAUUUAUACGAGUUCUUUCUCUAGGAUAACUUUCUGUAGCAAAAUUAUAAAUUUUAUGAAAUAAAAAAUCAUUCAU